GUUCUUACAAAGCUGUGGAGGACAAACUGGAUUCCGGAUCAGUUUGAUAGACCGGCUAAAAUGUACUGGACUCAACAUCAUAAGUUGAGAUUUUUGAGAUGAAAUAAAGAGAAAAAUAGGGUAAUGUUGACGACGCUGGUAAGGUUAAGAGUUUGUUUAGCAUUGAAAUUAAAGGGGAAAGCUAGAAGAAUUGAAUGUUUUCAUUUGAAAUCUACUAAUAGUUGUACUAAACAAUUUGUUAGGUUUGGAAUUGGGGCGUUUGGCAAAGGUAGAAGAAUUUAUAGCAGCAACACCUAUAUGAAAAUGGCAAGUCUGAAUGGGGAAGAUGCAACUGCUACACCAGAUUCAUCAUCUACAAUGGAGGAAAAACAAGUAGAAGAAGAAGAAAUAGUGGUACAGUACGUUGUUGUAAGGAGAGAUUUGAUAGACACAUGGCCGCUUGGUAGCGUUAUUACUCAGGGUUGCCAUGCUUCUGUUGCUGCCAUUUGGGAACACAAACAUGACGCUACCACUCUUCGCUAUUGCUCUCCUCCCGCUCUCGAUUCUAUGCACAAGGUUACGCUUGAAGUGAAAGGGGAACCUCAGCUUGUAAAUCUUUCUGAAAAACUGAAGUCCAAUGGCAUAUUACAUAAACUAUGGAUAGAGCAGCCUGAGAAUUUUCCGACAUGCUUAGCCACAAAACCGUACCCCAAAUCUGUGGUAUCCCCUUUUUUUAGAAAGUUGAAACUUUGCAAGUGAUUCCCCAGCCCCUUAUCUAAUACUUCUACCAUAUCAUGACUCAUGACUAUAUUUUUGUUUUCAACUGAUCUGGAUUUUCACUGUCUAGUCCUGUAGUCCUGCUACUGCUCAUUCAAUUCACUAUUGUUUUACUCGACUUUGUUGUCUGAAAUUUUAUACCAAUAAUUAGUCAUCUGCUUCUUUGAGCCA